CACAGCCCCUACCACAGGAGUGUUUAUCCGGUGAAGAAGAAGCUGCAGAACCAAACACAACACCAGCCUGAGUUGGAAAGAAUGCCUUUCCACUUCUGCCCUCAGUGUGGGACAAAGUUGCAGCCGGGUUUCAGAUUUUGUCCUUCAUGUGGGGAUAAGAUUCCUUGUAUUGUUGAUGAAUCUGGACCUGUGAGCCCGGUGACAUCUUUAAGUCUCUCUCCAGCCAAGAAGGAUGAAGCAGCAGUUAAAUCAUUCCCUGUUUCAGUAGCAAGUGGCCAGCCCACAGGAAGUACAGCUCUAGUUACGACUCGUCCUGCACUGCGGAAGCCACGAAACUCCCUUCGUCUGGAGAAGGAAGUUACAUUUAAUAUUAGCAAUGCCACGCCACCUGUGGUGCCCUCCACUGCUAUCAAAGAUAGUGGGGAUGGAUUGCUCGGAACUCCACCCAAGCAGCAGUCUCCUCGACCUGGGAGGGGAAAGGCGAGGCGCUCCAGCCCUGCUGAGCAGGCAGAAGAGGGAAAGAGUCCGAAUAGUAAAACAAGCAGGAGAGCGGAGGAUUUAUCAGUACAUGGCCCCCUUGUGGCUGUCUCCUCCCCUGUUUCCUCACCAAAGUCUCAGUUAAAAGGAAAAAGCAAAUCUAAGAAGGCAAAGCAUGCGCCUGCUGUGGAGCCGCUGCAGGAAGGCGAAGAGGUGACGGACACUGCGGGAAAGAAGUGGAAGCUGGUGAAACUGCUGAGUCAGAGCACCACAGAGCUGCAGUACGAAGUUUUGCAAAUAGAUUCACGAUCCAAUUCCAAGGAAUCAAAUCACAUCCUCAAGCUGGGAGCUAAAGAUGGCAGAAUCUUCACUGAGCAGAACUUUCUGCAAAGAGCUGCUAAACCUGUGUCAGUGGACAGGUGGAUCAAACAGAACAAGAUGGACUUCCUGGGGAUUCCCUCCUGUGCCGGCUUUGGUCCUCAUGCAGAGUCCUACAGGUUUCUGAUUUUCCCCAACAUGGGCCAGUCUCUCCACUCUGUCAUGGAGGAAGAAGACGAGCUGCUGUCGGAGAAAGCUGUCCUUCAGCUCGCCUGCAGAAUAUUAGAUGUGCUGCAGUAUAUCCAUUCAAAUGAGUACGUUCACGCUGAUAUAAACGCAGAAAACAUUUACAUCAAACCAGGACAGAAAUCACAGGUUUACCUGGUAGGGUACUGCCAUGCCUUCAGAUACUGUCCUGGUGAUCAACAUGUGGAGUACCGUGAGGACAGCCGGACGCCACAUGAGGGCAGCGUGGAGUUCAUCAGCCUGGACGCUCAUAAAGGAGCAGCUCCGUCUCGACGCAGCGACCUGCAGUCUCUGGGUUACUGCAUGCUGCACUGGCACACAGGGACGCUGCCAUGGACUCAAAUCACUCACCCAGACCAGGUGGCCACGCAGAAACAGAGGUACAUGAAGGAUGUCCCUGCUCUGUUGAGUCACUGCUUUGAGAAGAAUAUCGUUUCCAGUGCAUUUCAAGCGUACCUGACUAACGUGAUGGCUCUGCAGUACACUGAGCAGCCGGACUACUCUGCACUGAAGGCCGGACUCAGCGCCGUGUUACUGCAGCUGGGGGGGGCAGCGGAGCAGCCGCUCAGCUUUUAGGUGAGGACGUUAUCACUCUGCAACUUAGAGUCAUUGAAGAAAGAAGACCAUUUGGAAGAUUUUAAAUAUUUGUUUUAUCAUGUUGUGUUUUACUUCUGAAUUAUUGCACUGAAGCCGAGUCUUUUAGAGUUCCAUGUGUGCACUCGUGUUAGGUGAAUGGGUUUUGAUGGGAAUCUUCUUUUUGGGUGUGGUUUUUCAUAUUCAUUGCACAGUCUUUUAAACAAUGCAAGUUCAACGUUAAUCUCCCUUAAAUGUGAGAGCGAUGCAAGUUCUUAAUAUUUGACGCACAGAUUUGGGUUUUGUUGACAUGUUGUGAGUUUACUUGUCACAGUGUUCCUCUUUUAGCAGAUACCUUUAACAGUGGUUUGUCUUUGACAUGAAUUUACUUCUGCUAAACAUUUCCUCAACAUGAGCCAACAGACGUAGAUCCACCCUUCCUUAUAUGUAGGCACAGUUAGUCUGCCUGUAUAAAAGCAAUAUAUUUCAUUUAAAGAAGUGCCUUAGUGUCCUUUAUCAAAGAGCACAAGACAUCUUGAGUUUAAGGCUUGUUAACAAAUAAAGUGUUUGAGUAAAUGUUUGUUUUUUUA